AUGAACUCCAUGGGUGGCAUGUCGUCGGCUGAGGCCCCGAGACGCGCUCAUCUUUACGUCGGGAACCUCAGUCCCCGAGUGACCGAAUACAUGCUCACGGAGAUCUUCGCUGUGGCUGGACCUGUCCAGCACGUCAAGAUCAUCCCGGACCGCAACUACCAGCAUGGCGGUCUCAACUACGGCUUCGUCGAGUACAUGGACAUGCGCGCGGCGGAGACGGCCCUGCAGACGCUCAACGGCCGCAAGAUCUUCGACACUGAAAUCCGUGUCAACUGGGCCUACCAGGGCCAGCAGAACAAAGAGGACACCAGCAACCACUACCACGUCUUCGUCGGCGACCUCAGCCCCGAGGUCAACGACGAGGUCCUGGGCAAGGCGUUCAGCGCCUUCGGCACCCUGUCCGACGCCCGCGUGAUGUGGGACAUGAACUCUGGCAAGUCCCGCGGCUACGGCUUCCUCGCCUUCCGGGACAAGACCGACGCGGAGCAGGCCAUCGCGACCAUGAACGGCGAGUGGCUCGGCUCCCGCGCCAUCCGCGUCAACUGGGCGAACCAGAAGACCCAGGGCAGCCCCGGCGGACCUGGUGGCCCUGGGGGACCCGGAGGCCCCGGGGGGCCUGGUGGGCCUGGCGGCCCUCCCCGCUCGAACAGCAUGGGCGGCGGGGGCGCGCCCGCGCCGAUGAACUUCACGGGCGGCCCGCUCUCGUACGAGGGCGUCGUGACGCAGACGCCGGCGUACAACACGACCGUCUACGUCGGGAACCUCGUCCCGUACGCGACGCAGGCGGACCUCAUCCCGCUCUUCCAGUCCAUCGGCUACCUCUCCGAGAUCCGCAUGCAGUCCGACCGCGGCUUCGCGUUCGUCAAGCUCGACACGCACGAGCACGCCGCCAUGGCCAUCGUGCAGCUCCAGGGCCAGCUCGUCCACGGCCGGCCGAUCAAGUGCUCCUGGGGCAAGGACCGCGCGGACGGCGCCCCCAUCAGCCCGGGCUCCAUGAGCCCCGCCCCCGUCGCUGCGCCGUACAACGUGGUCCCGCAGCCUAUGUAUGGCAUGCCCCAGCCCAACUCGUACGGCCAGUACGGUUAUGCCGGGUACGCGGGCUCCCCUGGGGGCGCUGCGCCUGGAAUGGGCAGCCCCGUCAUGCCGAAUGCCGCCAUGAUCGGUGGCCAGGCGCCCGUGGAUCCCCAGGUUGCGUCGCAGGCAGCGCAGGCCCAGUGGGCUGGCGCUGACCCUAGUUCUUAUUACUCGAAUUAUUGGGGUGGCUAUUAUGGCCAGCAACCCGGAGGCUUGCCCGACGGUCAGGGCCAGGCUUAA